CCGUGCCCACCACUGGCCAGGCCAUGAAGACGGAGAAGGAUGAGGCUGUGCCCACCUUCUCCCUGGGGGGUAAAUACGCCGGAGAGGGGGCAGGUUGCAGCGAAGCGGCUCUGCCUGGCGGCCCGGCAGCGGGGAGCGGAGGGACCCCAGCCCAGGACCUGCGGCCGCUGAAGCGCAGACCUGUGCCAGGGAAGCACUACCAGUGUUCAAGUUACGGCUGCAAACUGGCCUUUCCCAGCAUGCAGGAGCUGAUGGACCACCUGAAGGUCCACUACAGACCCACGCAGUCCCUUGAGGGCAAAACCUUCCAGUGCCCCACGCUGGGCUGCCCAGAGACCUUCCCCAGCAUGCAGGACCUCAUGGCCCACAUGAAGGUGCACUACAAGCCAAACCGCUACUUCAAGUGUGAGAACUGCAUGCUGCGCUUCCGGACGCACCGCUCCCUCUUCAAGCACCUGCACGUCUGCUCCGACAGCGCCAGCAGCCCCGCACCACCCCCCAAAGCCGACAAGCCCAUCCUGCCUGCUACCUCUGCCCUGGAGAAGGAGCCCCCGGCCAAGCCACCUGAGGGGCUGCCCAAGCUCCCGAGCGCUAUCCGGCCCCCGGAGAAAGAAGCCAUCCUCCCCGGCGCGGACACUGCCCCGGUGGCCCCCACCGCGCUCCCCACCAGCCUGCCCGAGCUGCCCGGCUCGCUGGAGGCACUGCCGCUGGUCUCGUCAGCCCCCCACCCCUUCCCGCUGCUGGAGCCCAGCCUUUUCGGGCCAUCGUCCUUGACUCGGUUCUCGGGGCCACCCCCCUCCUCGGUGCCGGGGCCGUUCCUGUCCUACGUCCACCCUUCGUCCUACAGCUUGCCCCAGCCCCCGGCGCAGCAUCGCCUCCGGCCCUACGUGCCGGGCCACGGCCCCCCCGUCUCCAACGCCGUCUGGAAGAAAAGCCAAGGGCACUCCUCCAACAGCCGCAUCGUGUGGGAGCACACGCGGGGCCGCUACACCUGCAUGCAGUGCCCCUACUCCACCGCCUCGCGGGAGGAGAUGACCCUCCACAUCGAAGACCACCGCAAGAACCCCCCACCGCCCGGGCGCCUGGACGCAGAGAUGGAUUUCGGGGUGGGCCUCGCCUCCUUCCACGCCAAGCUGACGCCGGAGAUGGAGAACUCCGUGUACUCCCAGCUCUGAUGCCCCUGGCUCCCGUGGGACUGCUCCUGCGCCUCCCCAUCCCUCCCUUCCCCCAGCCGGGCAGGGGGGCACCGCACAGCCCCAUGCCACGGUGCUGGGACAGGGACCCCUUCCUGGGUACCGGGAGCAUCCCCCAGCCCCAGCACGGGGUGGCAGGAGGCGGAUGUUUUUUUUUUUCUCUUGAAUUUCUACCCUCCCUUUUAUUUUCGGAAACUCUAAGCACCCAGAACCCUGCAUCUCCCUCCCCUAAAGGUUUCGUUGCUUCAGCUCCAGGGGCUCUGGGGGAAGCCCGGUAGGUUGCUCAGGAGUUAGUGGGACUUCUCUGGAAUGAGGUCUCAAAAUAAUAAAUGGGAAUUGUACAGGA